AUGGUUGAUGAUCAGUUGGUUUUGGUCGAUUUGGUGAUAGAGAAGCUGAAUGAUCACAGAAUUAUUAGUGGCCAACUAGUUGAUGUUCAAGCUAUUAAAGGAGGCCUCUUGUUCUUGAGAUCUCUCUUAGGAGACAUUGAGGAGUUGUGCCAUCAACAUGAGGUGCUCGAAUCUCUCUGGGAUCACAUUUUAACAGUGGCAUACAAGGUGGAGUGUUUCAUUGACCGUCUCCAUCAUCAGGUUCGUGGUGCUGGUCUCAUAGAAGCUCUUUCGGUAGUUACAUCGGCGUCCAUCAUAAAAGACAUCGAGGACGUUAAGGCAGAUGUCUUGACUCAUUCUGGUAACAGAGGUCGAAUGGAAGUCGAGGAAGUAACCAAGACUACAUAUGCUCAUGUUCCACUGCCAAGGACUCCUUCAACCACUAAUGAAGUCGUGGGUUUUGAUGAGGACGCAGUUUCAAUUCUGAACCGUGUUCAGAGAGGAUCGAAGCAUUUGAAAAUCAUUGCCAUUGUGGGUAAAAUGGCGGGAUUAGGUAAGACCACAUUGGCUGCAAAAGUGUACAAUGAUCCUUCCAUUCUGCUUCACUUUUCCAUUCGUGCAUGGGCUCCUAUCUCUCAAUCAGUGGACAAGGGCAAAGUGUUACUUGAUCUCCUCAAUUAA